AUGUCAGCCUCUGAUAUUUCCCCUGACCAAUUUGCAAAUCUUCGCAAGCGCUGCGCAUGCCUUCAACUAACAAGCACAAAGCCAGAUGCCAUCUCGCCCAGAAGCCCGUCAGCUGAGGAACAGGGCCAGGAACAAGAAGUUGAUCUGGAUUGGAACGUGACCCAUUUCCUGGCCCACGCCUUUAGUGAAGGUAGAGCCAAAUGCGGUUGCUGCGAGUUUCUUCAUCGCGUCGUGACCUGGUGGGAGAUCCACGAUGACUCAGUGAAUGAAUUCUUAGCGAAAGAUGUCCCCGUGUCGCUGCACUAUGUGUUUCGCUUUGAUGAGACCGAUGGGUAUGGUUUAAAAGCCCUACGCAUCAGAAUAAGACCCGACGGCGAGGAAUUCCAUCUUGAUUGCCCUAUCACGGCAGCUACUGAUCUCGACAUGGGCACACGUCUCUGA